GAAGAUGGGGUUGCAAUACACUCCGUACUAGUCUAGGGGAAACAGAAAGUGUUCUCAUUCAACCAAUUUGCAUCUGUAAAUAUCACCACUAAAUCUCACUCAAAGACUGCAAAAUAGGGAAGAAACGAAAAAAAGGGGGGAUUUAAUAAUUAAAAACUACCUGCCUGACCGACUUGUCUCAUCUCACUCAACCUGGGCAGCAAGCAUCCAAACUCACCCAUCAGUCAAGACAACAACAGAAACCAUGACCGAAGCAGCCAACCUCGAAUCAUUCCCGACCCUCUUCUCCCUCAAGGGGAAAGUCGCGGUCGUGACGGGCGGCUCGCGCGGCCUGGGCCUGUCGGCCGCCUCGGCGCUGCUGCAGGCGGGCUGCUCCAAGGUGUUCAUCACCUCGCGCAAGGCGUCGGCCUGCGACUCUGCCUGCGCCACGCUCAACGCGCUGCCCGGCAUCUCGGGCCGCGCCAUCUCGGUGCCCUCCGACUCGGCCAACGAGGCCGGCGUCAAGAAGCUGCUGGAGCUCGUCAGCGCGCACACGGACCACGUCGACAUCCUCAUGGCCAACGCCGGCGCGAGCUGGGGGGCGCCCUUUGACUCGCAUCCCGACGACGCCUUCGCCAAGGUCAUGGACCUGAACGUCAGGGCCGUGUUCAACACCGUGAGGCUGUUUGCGCCGCUGCUGCAAAAGCGGGCGACUAUCGAUGACCCGAGCAGGGUUAUCAUCACGGCUAGCGUUGCUGGGUUGGGCAUCGGGACGCUUGGCAAGAAUGGAACCUACGGCUACAGCGCCUCCAAGGCGGCCGUGCUGCACCUGGGCAACAACCUGGCCGUGGAGCUGGGCCCGCGCCACAUCACGGUCAACAGCAUCGCCCCCGGCUUCUUCCCGUCAAAGAUGGCCAACGGCCUGCUCGAGGUCAGCGGCGGCGCCGACAACAUUGCCAAGGCCAACCCCAUGCGCCGCCUGGGCCGCCCCGAGGACAUUGCCGGCGUCGUAGUCUACCUGGCCAGCCGCGCCGGGUCCCACGUCAACGGAGCGUGCAUCGCCAUCGACGGAGGCGCCAUGUGGCAGCGCGGGGAGCUGAUGCUCGAGGCGAAGCUGUGAUUUUGUGGAGGGUGUGAUGGGGAGUGGCUCUUUUUUUUUUUUUUAUGUUCGGGGGACAGGGACUGGUUUUGAUGAAAUUGGUUUUGGUGCUGACCGGUUUUGUACGUUGAAAACUGUACGAGGUUACUUACUUGGGUAUGCGCAUAUGCUAUUAACGAUAUCAUCGAAUCUAUCCUGGACGGAUCAAAGAUUGAUAGAAGACACGAAGAAAAUAAAUCCCC